GAAACCAAGAUGGAUUACAGCUCGUUCAGUGGAGUCCCCCGGUUCUUGACCCGUCCUAAGGCAUUUAUGGUGUCUGUGGGGAAGGAUGCCACCUUGAGCUGCCAGAUCAUUGGAAACCCCAUCCCAGUUGUGAGCUGGGAAAAAGAUAAACUUCCAGUCCAGUCUGGCGGAAGGUUUAAAACCACAGAAGAUGGGGAUCUCUAUCGGCUAACAAUCUAUGAUCUGAGCCUGGAGGACAGUGGCCAAUACAUCUGCCGGGCCAAGAACACCAUCGGGGAAGCUUUUGCAGCGGUCAGCAUCAAAGUUGGAGAGGAGACCACAGUAACGGAGUCAGCCCCAUACUUCAUCCAGAAACCCUCCUCCAUCAAAGUAACAUUGGGAGAAGAUGCCAUGUUCAAAUGCAAAGUCCAAGGUAGCCCCCCCCUCUCGGUGAACUGGGAGAAGGAUGGGAGACACCUGCGGAACCGGGCUGAUGCCGGCCGCUUCCAAAUAGAGUCUGCCGGGGAGUCGAAUGCUCUCACCAUCCAGUGUGCCCGGCUGGGGGACAGCGGCACCUACACCUGCCGGGCAGAGAAUCCCAUCGGCUCUGCCAGCGCUUCAGCCGCACUGGUGGUGGAAACGCAGGGCUCUUCCAACCCGGGCAGCAGCAGCCACUUCGAUACCAGCUGUGGCAAGACGGCAUCCUUGUUGUCUCACUUGCAAAAGAGGCGGGAGGAGAUCAGGAAGAUGGACAUCUCCUAUGGCGCUCUUGAUUCAUCAUCUACCCAGUCUUACUCCACAGCAGAAGGGUUGUCUGGCAUCGGCUACGCCCGCUCCCGGGAUUAUGAGAGGGUGGCUGGACUUACCACCAAAGGGGCCCGCAAUGCAACUUUUGGGGCGCUGACACGCAUGUGCAGCGUGACGGAGGGGAAGCACGCCAAGCUGAGCUGCUACGUGACGGGCGAGCCCAAGCCAGAGAUCGUGUGGAAGAAGGACAACGAGGUCAUUUUGGAAGGACGGCGACAUGUCAUCUAUGAGGAUGAUCAGGAGAACUUUGUGCUGAAGAUCCUCUUCUGCAAGCAGAUAGACAACGGGCUGUACACUUGCACGGCCUCCAACCUGGCAGGCGAGACAUACAGCUCCGUGCUCGUCACCGUCAAAG